UUUCUUUUAUUCAUUGCCAAGAUGGCUGUCGGUUCGAUGUAGGAGUCGUCAGUGUCGGAAAGAAACCGCAACUUUUUUAUACAAAUGUAUCAUUUAUAGUUUUAAUUAGUUUUGUUAUUUAUUUAUUACCGUGCUGUGAGUGAUUUAAGUGCUUUAAAAUGUCCGGCGAACGCGAAAUACCAGCAGAAGACAGUAUUAAAGUCGUGUGUAGGUUUCGACCCCUCAAUGAUUCAGAGGAGAAGGCUGGGUCGAAAUUUAUCGUGAAAUUCCCUUCGGGAGGAGAAGACAAUUGUAUAUCGAUAGCGGGUAAAGUCUAUUUAUUCGACAAAGUCUUCAAACCGAACGCAACCCAAGAAAAAGUUUACAAUGAGGCCGCUAAAAGCAUCGUUUCUGACGUCUUGGCCGGCUACAACGGCACAAUUUUCGCCUAUGGUCAGACGUCUUCCGGUAAAACACAUACCAUGGAAGGUGUCAUAGGCGACCCCCAAAAACAGGGUAUCAUCCCCCGCAUAGUCAACGAUAUCUUCAACCACAUAUACGCAAUGGAAGAAAACCUGGAGUUUCACAUAAAAGUGUCGUAUUUCGAAAUCUACAUGGACAAAAUUAGAGAUUUACUCGAUGUAUCUAAAGUAAAUUUGAGCGUCCACGAAGAUAAAAACCGAGUUCCUUACGUGAAGGGUGCCACAGAGAGAUUCGUUUCGAGUCCGGAAGAAGUUUUCGAAUCGAUCGAAGAAGGCAAAUCUAAUAGACAUAUUGCAGUAACGAAUAUGAACGAACAUUCGUCUAGGUCACAUUCAGUAUUCCUUAUCAACGUCAAGCAGGAGAAUUUAGAAAAUCAAAAGAAAUUAUCCGGGAAAUUGUAUUUAGUAGAUUUAGCCGGUUCGGAAAAAGUUUCAAAAACCGGCGCCGAAGGCACCGUGCUCGACGAAGCUAAAAACAUCAACAAAUCUCUGUCAGCCCUCGGCAACGUGAUCAGCGCCCUAGCUGACGGCAACAAAACCCACAUACCUUACCGCGACUCCAAACUAACCCGCAUCCUCCAGGAAUCGUUAGGUGGUAACGCCCGAACGACGAUCGUCAUUUGUUGUUCGCCGGCCAGCUUCAACGAGUCCGAGACCAAAUCCACCCUUGACUUCGGAAAAAGAGCCAAGACUGUCAAGAACGUCGUCUGCGUCAACGAAGAACUCACCGCCGAAGAAUGGAAGCGACGCUACGAAAAAGAGAAGGAAAAAGUGGCCCGACUCAAGGGCAAAGUGGAAAAGUUGGAGAGCGAGCUGCAGCGUUGGCGGGCCGGCGAAACCGUCAAAGCCGAAGAGCAAGUCAACCUCAACGAGAUCGCCGAAGCCGUCACUCCCGUCUCGGCCAUGGAGGAGAGCACCGUGGAAAAACCGCAGGGUCCUGUGCCGGCGACGCCGGCCCUCAUGAUCGGGUCCACCCUCGACAUGGAGGAGCGGCGGAAGCUCGAGCUCGAACGAGAACGAUUAUACCAGCAGCUCGACGAAAAAGACGAAGAAAUCAACGAGACGAGCCAGUACGUGGAGAAGCUCAAAGAGCAGAUGCUGGAGCAAGACGAACUCAUCGCCAGCACUCGGCGCGACUACGAAUCGCUCCAAUCCGAGAUGAACCGCAUCCAACAAGAGAACGAAAGCGCGAAAGAAGAAGUCAAAGAAGUGCUCCAAGCACUCGAAGAGCUCGCGGUUAACUACGACCAGAAGUCUCAAGAAGUCGACGCGAAGAACAAAGAAAUGGAGUCGUUGUCGGAGGAACUCAUGCAGAAGCAAGCGAGUUUGAAUAGCACGACGACGGAGUUGCAACAACUCCGCGACAUGAACAGUCACCAGAAGAAGCGGAUCGCGGAGAUGCUGAGCAACCUCCUCAAGGAGCUGGGGGAGAUCGGGUCGACGCUAGGCAGCGACGGGUCGGAGAUUAAAAUUUCGAACGACGCGGCUAAGCUGGAGGAGGAGUUCACGGUGGCGCGGUUGUACAUUUCGAGGAUGAAGAGCGAAGUGACGAACUUGACGCAGCGGCUGCACGAAAUCGAGAACAAGGAGCAGGAUAGUAAUAGGAAGGUCACGGAGUACGAAAAGGAGUUGGGAGAGUGCAGGCUGCUGAUUUCGCAGCACGAGGCGCGGAUGAAGAGUCUCCAGGAGUCGAUGAGGGAGGCCGAGAACAAGAAGCGGAUGCUGGAGGAGAGCGUGGAUGCGCUGAGGGAGGAGUGCGCUAAGCUCAAGGCGGCUGAACAGGUGUCUAGCGCCAGCGAGAGCGAAAAGAAGGAAGCCAACGAGCUGAGACUUGCCCUAGAACAACAAAUGGACCAAUUGCGAGUUGCUCACCAGAAACAGGUCGCCGCUCUACGAGACGAAAUAGCCGAAAAGCAACAACUGAUAAACGAUAUUAAAGAUUCAAAUCAGAAAUUGUCACUUGCCCAACAACAACUACAGUCCGAAUACGAGAAGGUUAAAACGGAAGAAUCCGAAAAGUCACAGAAGCUUCAGGAGCUCAUCACCACCAACGAGCGACGAGAACAAGCCCGGAAAGACCUGCGCGGGCUCGAAGACACGGUGGCCAAGGAGCUGCAGACUUUGCACAAUCUCCGCAAACUCUUCGUCCAGGACCUCCAGGCCCGCAUGAAGAAGAACCUCUCCGCUGAGGACAACGAGGAGGACGGCGGCUCGCUCGCCCAGAAGCAGAAGAUCUCGUUCCUGGAAAAUAACCUCGACCAGCUGACCAAAGUCCACAAGCAGCUAGUUCGGGAUAACGCCGACCUGCGCUGCGAACUGCCCAAGUUGGAGAAGCGCCUGCGCGCGACGAUGGAGCGCGUCAAAGCGCUCGAAACCGCACUUAAGGAAGCAAAAGAGGGCGCUAUGCGCGAUCGCAAAAGAUACCAAUACGAAGUUGAUCGAAUUAAGGAGGCAGUUAGACAAAAGAAUCUCGCCAGGCGCGGGCCAGCUGCUACCAUUGCGAAACCAAUACGGUCUGGUCAACAUCAUGUUGUCGUUGGUGGUGGUGGUGCUAUCCGUACUGGACCUAAUAUGGGUACACCGAAAACUGUGGAGAUUGCACGAAAACGCGAAUCACUAAUUAUAAACGAGAAAGACGCAUAAAAACUUAACUGUCGGGCUAAAAGGUGCUUUAGACAAGUUAAAGAGAGAAAGGAUACCAAAAAUAUUGCUGACACAACUUAAUAUCAACUACCCGUGUAAGUUUGGUACAUAGAGGGCUGCCGGUGCAGCGACGAUGUGUAGCAACACUUACAUUUAUGUGCUUACUUGCUUAGUUAUUAUAGAAUAAGGUGCACUUAAAAAGUUUUAAGAUAAUAAACUAUAUAAGUAAAGUGUAAUUGGCAAAUUAUUUCUUAGGCCGGUUUUGGAGUAAUUUUGUUGAUAGUGCAAUGCUAAGAAAUAAUUUGUUCGUCUAAAUUAUCACAGUUUCGAGCUAUGUCGCUGCAUUAUAAUAAUCAGGUGGAUGUUAUGAUUCAGUAAUUUGUACUUUCAGGCUAUGGCUUAAUCUGGUCGUUUAAACAAUGUGUCUUGUAAUAUAGAGGUGGCAUUAUUUCUAUUUUUGUAGAGCAGCAUUUCUGAUCACGGUUUUUUUCCCGCAGUAAGACGGUUCUAAUAAAUUUCUCAUUGUUGACGUUAAAGACGGCACUUUAGAGUUAAGUAGCACAUUUUAGUUAGUGAAUAAAAAAAAUAGUGAAAUUUUAUUUACACCAGGAUUUUUUAACAGAGGAAUAACUGUAUAGCCUGAUGUAUUAAUCAUAUUAAAUUAUUCUUUAUGUGAAUCUGUAUAAUUUUUUUUUUGUAUAAAAUUGUUUACGACUAUUGCUUGAUGUAGUGAAUGGUUAACCCUAUUAUAUAUUUUUUUAAAGCAAUUUUAUUUCUGUGUUAUUUAUGAUGGUGCAACACGGAGGGCUAACUUGACGGGUGCAAGUUUAAGUAGUCACUCUGUCGUAAUAAUAAUAAUCUUCCCGAAAGCGGGAGGAGUCUAAUUCAUUUUUUGUGAUACUUUAGUAGCAAGUUUUUAUUCUUCCUUCAUAGUACUGAUUAUAUAUUGUGAUUUUCAUUUCAGACGCCUUUGCUUUCUAUACUGAAUUUUUAGUGCACAAUUUGUAAUUAAAACAUGUUUGUUGCAUUUAUUUGUAUUUUUUGUCACUGUCCUAUUUAUUUUUGUGACUGUUUUUGUUGACUGUAGACAAUUGUUUAGUGAAACGCUCGACAAUUCAACAUUUUUUGGUACAGCAAUUUGUAGUAGUUGUGUAACGACAUAUUUCAUAGUGGAUGCUUGAGUCAAUAAUGCAAUUUAUUUAUUUAAAUGAUGGAAAUUAUAUUCUAAUAAACUAAUACAAAUUUA